UCCGCCGCGAAUACUCGAGAGUGUCGUGUUACCCGCACUGUCCCGACGCAACACCGCGAACUAAGUGCUAAACUUUCGCGCCAUCGUUUGAAUUUAGAAUAUUGGAAUUUUUGUCAGUGCAUGUGUGUGUGACGUCAUGAACAAGUGAUGUUUGUCAGUCCUAAAGACGGUUGCAAAAUGUUUCUGUGUUUUUGUCUCGUUAUUUGGAGCGCUCUUUCGCCGGCUCUGGCCCAAGGUGAUCGCCGAUGCGGACAUCCAGCUGUACCCCCAAACGCUAGAGUAUUCAUCCCUUCAGGAGACAUAGUACCUGGUACCAUCGCGACCUAUGAGUGUGAUGAGGGUUACGAACUGUUCGGAGCCCAUCAGAGAGAAUGCACGCUCAGGGGCGACUGGACCGCUGAAGCACCCUUCUGCGGUACAAACGUCGCGUUCAGGAAACCUGCAAACCAGUCCACCACAGUUCGGGGAGGUGCUGCAGCCAACGGUAAUGACGGUGAGAAGACCACGGAACAUGAUGGCAAGCGGUGCACGGAGACACAGAGGGAAGCCUCGCCCUGGUGGCAGGUGGACCUACUUAGACAUUACGCCGUCAAAGUAGUCAGAGUCACCACUAGAGGAUGUUGUGGUCAUCAGCCGCUUCAAGAUCUGGAGAUCAGAGUGGGUAACAGCAGCACAGACUUGCAGCGCAACCCUCUAUGCGCCUGGUUCCCUGGUACCAUCGAUGAAGGCAUAACGAAGACGUUCACGUGCGCGCGGCCACUGGUUGGCCAGCACGUGUUCUUGCAGCUGGUUGGCGUUGAAGGCUCCUUGUCUCUCUGUGAAGUUGAAGUGUUCACCACUGAAGAAUUCUCCAACGACCGUUGUGCCCCAACCGGAGCUCCUGCCGACAUCGAACUGGCUGCCUUCUCCAGAAACUGCUACGAGUUCAACGUGGCUAAGGGCAUGUCCUUCGACGACGCGAGGAAGCAAUGCCAGACUCAUGGAGGAGAUCUCAUUCAUGGAUUCCAGGGAGCGACAUCGAGUUUCUUGAUCCAAGAGCUGGAACGAAGAAAACCUCAGCUGAAGACUCAGCUGGUCUGGAUCGGAGCACAAAAGGAACCAGGGCUAACUUCCAGAACCUGGAAAUGGGUUGAUGGUGAACUGGUACAAAAGCCGACUUGGGGCAAGGAUCAGCCGAACAACUACAAUGGUGAACAGAACUGCGUGGUGCUGGAUGGAGGUCGAGCGUGGCUCUGGAACGACGUGGGCUGCAACUUGGACUACCUACACUGGAUCUGCCAGUACCUGCCUCCUUCUUGUGGAAGUCCGGAUAAGCUGCUGAAUACCACCAUUGAAGGGAACAACUACCAAGUUGGAGCUUCCAUCGCCUACAGAUGUCCAGAGGGACACAUGCUUCUAGGGGACAAAACUAGGGAGUGCAAGAAAGAUGGAUUCUGGUCUGGUGCUGCACCCAGCUGUAAAUACGUGAACUGCGGUGGACUGACGCCAAUUCAAGAUGGAGACGUAUCUCUAGUCGACGACAGGACGACACACGGCGCUAAAGCAGUGUAUUCCUGUCGAGAAAACUACACCCUGGUCGGGGAAGCCGAACGAAUGUGUAUUGACGAUGGGAUCUGGAGUGGCGAAGCUCCCAAAUGUUUGUUUGACUGGUGUCCCGAACCUCCUCCUGUUACUGGAGCUAUCGUUACAGUUGAUGGUCAUAAGGCUGGAUCCCUGGCGACUUACAGCUGCCAAAAUGGAUUCAUUCUGUUCGGACCUCCGAGCGUAACCUGUAGUCUUGGAGGAUCAUGGUCAGGGACACCACCGUCCUGCAAAUAUGUUGACUGUGGAACACCAGCUCAAGUGCAUAAGGGUUCAUUCAUACUGCUGAACGGCACCACAACGUAUGGCUCCAUCGCUCGAUUCAACUGCGAGCCUGACUACUGGCUUGAUGGUGCGGAGAUCCUCACUUGCAACAGGGACGGAAAAUGGUCUCAUGAUAUACCAUCUUGUGAAUUGAUAUCGUGUGCGGAACCCGAGGCUCCCGUCGGUGGAGAGUUUGAGGCCUACGACUACAACGUGCACUCCACCAUCGACUUCCACUGUGAGAAGGGUCACAAACUGGUCGGCGAGUCCAGUCUCACGUGCCAGACUGAUGGAGAAUGGUCGGGAGAAUCACCCAAAUGUGAAUAUGUGGACUGCGGUAAACUUCCACCAAUUCCAAACGGUUCAGCUGAUCUUUUGAACGGAACCACUCACCUGGGCAGCGUGAUUCAGUACUCGUGCACCACAAACUACAGGCUCGUGGGUCCUGUUCGAAGGAUCUGCACCGAAGACUACCGAUGGAGCGAGUCCUCUCCGAGAUGUGAAGAAAUCCGCUGUUCGGAUCCUUUGGUACCAGAGAACAGCAUCGUGUCAGUGACUGGUAACGACCGCAACCACGGACGCACUCUGAUUAGAACCGCCGUCACCACCAGCGUUGGUAACAGCUACCGGAUUGGAGCUCUCGUCAAGUACCGCUGUGAACGAGGCUAUAAGGUGGUUGGCGAGAGUAUCUCCACCUGUGAAGAUAAUGGCCAAUGGAGCGGAGUUACACCAAGAUGUCAAUAUGUGGAUUGCGGUAACCCUGGUCCAAUCCAGAAUGGCGUAGUGACCCUAGCAACAAACGCAACAUAUUACGGUGCAGCUGCUUUGUACGAGUGCAAUGAGCAUUGGCAACUAGAUGGCGUAUCUCGAAGACUGUGCCAGGACAAUGGCACAUGGAGCUCAGAGGCACCAGUAUGCAAAGAAAUAACAUGCACAGACCCAUCAAUCCAGAUAAAGGGCAGCAUAGGUCUGCUAGUUGCCACAUCGACCUUGAGUAUUGGAGGAGAGGCGCACUACCGUUGCGAACGAGGAUAUGGACUACAAGGAAACCAAACAAGGACCUGCAAACCAAAGGGACAGUGGAGUGGAGCUCCACCUGUCUGCAUUCCUAUCGACUGCAAGUCACCGGGUACAAUUGAGAACGGUCGUAUCAUCAUUUCGAACAGCUCCACAUUGUUCGGUAGUUCCAUCGAGUACCAUUGCCUGCCCCAGUUCCAGAGAGUAGGUCCCUUCCUCCGCAAGUGUAUGGAUGAUGGUAAAUGGUCUGGCGAGGAGCCCAGCUGUGAGAUAAUCAGCAACGAAGCCGCUGAGAAUGGCACGUUGCCGCUUAGUGUUGGAGUUGGAUGCGGUGUUGUGCUUUUCCUUCUCAUGUUAUUGGGAGUCAUUUAUUUGAGGCUCCGGAAAGCCACGCCAGUGAAGAACACAGAGAACAUCGAAGGAGCCGAGCGUAAGGAAGACCAAAACGCCGCAGUGAUGAGUUAUGCAACACUCCAUGACACGAAUGGACGACAUAUCUAUGAUCACGUUUCCGACAACGUGUACGACUCGCCGUACAGCGAAAGGAUUGCCGAUAACGUUGCUUACGGGAGACGAAGCGACACGGACUCUGCGUAUGAGCCCGAACCGACCGGCCCGAGCGCAGUCGUCACGAUCAACGGAGUCGCUGUGCGCUGACCGCUGACAGACUCCAAGUGGCUCGUAAGACUUUUAGGUAACCAAAUCCGACGCUAAAUUGGUGUUCCUCAGUGUAAAUGUUACCUGUAAAUUUUCCCUUAAAAGUGGUUACCAUUGACUCGAGUGUUCAAACGAUACGAUAGUUUUAGGGUUAGUUCUGAGUCCCAUUUGCUAGUUGAUCACCAACCCUUACUAGGUAUUGUACCAAAGAUGUAAAUGUGUUGGAUUCGUGUGGUAUGUUUAAGACUGCAAUUCUUAUAUAUCGUUGUCAAUUGUUACAAGUGUUUAACUUUAUUUUAUGCGUAACUUAUCCACCGUCGGAUCGGAGAAAAAUAUAAAAAAUUCCACAUACUAUAUUAUUAUUAUACCCCAGAAAAGGUCUAGUCUCUUCACAACAACUCGAUGCAUUAUGUACAUUUGUGACACCUUCACAUAUCAGAAUUGCAGUCUUAACUCUCGUGUAAGUACUUUUUGUUCAUAUUUUUUUACAAUAACUCACUACGAACAAAAAGUAUUACAAAUACUUUAUGUAUUUAGUUAUUAAAAUGUAUUUAUUGUUGUAUAUCGAACAAUUUGAAUUUGAUGCCAAAAUAAUUCUGCGAAUAAAAUAAUGCUUUUAUGAACAUGUUAAAAUAAGGAAUAUUAUUUAGUUUAUAUUCUUAUUGUUCCUUUUGUAUUAUGUAGUUUCUUUAUCGGGAUACCUUUAUACUAUAAAUUCGGAAUUAUUAAGGGAUAAUGGUGGAGUACUAACCUGACAUGUGCCUAUUAUAUACCUACUGCUUUAUAUUUCCUCUUACAUAUUGUUUUGUAAAUAUUAUUGUUUAAGUUAGAAUUAAUAUUAAGAUAUCAGAAACCCAAUGCCUGUAAAAUUCUAGACCUACCUGAGACUUCUACAAGUAGUAAAUUAUUUCAUUCUACCUAAAAUCGAUGUAGACUGUAUUAUAUUAUCAACUAAGUACCUACCUAGGACAAAAACCUAUCAAUUUUACUAUAUAUGUUGUUUAAUUAAAGACUAACUGGUAACUUUUUUGUUCACUGUAGGUACCUACUAUUCCUUUAUCAAAAGACUAAUUCAAUUGUUUUUACGAACGCAAUUAAUGAAUCAAUAUUAUAGAACAUAGUGGGAACAAAUAGGCCUCGAAUUAGAAACGUUUUAGGUACUUGAAUGAUCUCGACAUCACGACUCGUGAUUAUCGCUAAACUCAUCUUGGCCUGCAACCAGCUUCUGCCAAUGCCAUGGCGUAUAAAAUUAAUAUUCUUCCUAGAACAGAAGUAAGGACAUCAUAAACUAUAAUUGUGAUUAAAUAUUAAGUGUUCAUCAGAUUAUACAGUAAUAUUUUUGUUAUAUUUUAUAUGUACAAUAAUUUUAAUUUAGACGGAUUCGUUAAAUAAAUGUUCUGAAUGUGUAUGUGUUUAUUUACUG